UUGUUCAACAUGUUAGCUUGUCCUUGAAAGCCACGGCCAGUUAAUAAUCGGACUUUUCAUAAGGGAGCCUCUAUCCUGUUUUUUUUCUAAUUAUAAAGGGGCCUUUAGCCUGUUUUUUUUCUUCUCAUAGUAAGGACUAAUUUUUUUUCGAACCAGUAAGUUUUCCAUUCAUUCAAACGAGAAGGAGUUUACCCAAUUGAUUGGGAUUUGCAAGCGUCAUGAUAAGUUUCAGAUUCCUCUUGCAAGCAUUGACUACCCCGUGGGUAGUUGUACGAACUAUAGCUCAAUUUUAUACUAUCGGAACGAUUUAUUCCCGUACUGAUAGAGAAUUCAAAAAUUCUCUUCGGAAAAACCUUUACAUUUCGGUGCUAUAUCAUUUAUCAGGGACUUAUUCGAAUGAAGAUGUGAAGACGUUUGUAUAUCGUCCAGUGACAACUGUUUUCGACUACUUUAGAAAUCAUCCUAUGGUUACCAGACCAAAGUUGAAUAAUUUUGGAAAACAAAUCAAUGGAAAUAGCUAUUGGUUGGUUCAAAAUGAGAUCGAGGGUCUGAAUAAAGAAGAUGUUUUGAUUUUCUUCCAUGGAGGUGGGUUCAGUCUUAAUAUGUUUGAGACUCAAUUCAUGGGGAUACUUGCAUUAUAUCACGCUAUUCCAGAAUCUCAUCGAAGUAAAAUAUCUAUAGUGGUGGUUGAUUAUUCGCUUACUUGUAAUGAUAAAAGAUAUCCAACUCAAAUUGAAGAAGGAUGUGAAUGCUAUAAGGAUUUGCUUAAGCAAGGAUAUACCAAUUUAAGCAUAAUUGGCGAUUCAGCAGGGGGAAAUUUAGCAUUGGCCAUUAAUAGAAUAAUUUCAUAUCCUCAAGAGGCAAAAGCACAUUUUUCAAAAUUUCAACCAAAUCAUUUUACAAGCUUUGAUUGGACUGCAUUAGAAAGCUAUCCUCAACCAAAAUCACUUAUUUUGAUUAGUCCAUGGGUUGAGCCAGUAACUAAACCGGAAUUACCUCUGAAAAGUGGAGUUGAUACUACGGGAGACUUAGGUGCUCAAGACAUCACAAUGGGGGAAUGGUAUUUGGGUGAUUUGUCUCGAGAAGAGGUCAAUAACUUUGUUAGUUUUACCAAUACUUCUUUUAAACAAUGGGAUCAAGUUAGUCCAUUACUUGAUCAAAGAAGAAAUUUAGUUAUCUAUGGUGAACGAGAAGUUUUGAGAGAUGGAAUUGAAAAAUGGAUUGAUAUUACAAAUGGCGAUAGUAAUGGAAUUAAUCACCAUUUACAAAAAGGUGGAACCCAUGACGAAUUGUUUUACAUAGAGAGUUGGGACUUUGUGGGUGAGAGAGGUCAUGAUGAACACCUUGAUUUCAGUGACAAAUUUUCUUUAGAUUUAGCUGGAAAAUUUUUAGCUGAUAUUGUUGAUUUACCACUAUAGAUUUUUUAUAUUUUUAGAUGUAUUUAUGAGUUUUUAUGUGUAAUUUAAUAGCCA